GACGAACCAGAAGGACAAACCCAGUGCGGACACGACAGAGCAGCUGGGCAUUGUAGGCUUUCAGUCUUCCCCAACACACCUUGGCAAGCUAGAUUUUGCUUCCCGAGGGCUUGCCAAGGCCGGCGUGCCUUUUGCCCCUCUUGUUUUGACUGACUCGACCUGAUCUGAACGUCGAGCUCCACCCUUCCAAGUUCCUGCCGCCAUGGCGUCUGCCCCUGUGCUUGCCCGUGCUUGGGCGCGACCCAGCGCACAUUUCCUGCGGCCACUGAGUCGAACGCUUGCCUCAAGCCGCCCCAUCUCUCAAGGCGCCCAGGCUGCCGUGGCAAACGAUGCCUCGACACAAGGCCCCUCAUUCAAGUUUGAGGACUUGAACCCCCACUUGGUGGCGGCCGAGUAUGCUGUCCGUGGGCUUUUGCCUCAGCGUGCGGCCCAAAUUGCGCAGGAGCUGCAGCAGGGCGCUACCAAUUAUCCCUUUGAUGAGGUCAUUUUCGCCAACAUUGGCAACCCACAGGCCUUGGCACAACCGCCCAUCACCUUUUUCCGCCAAGUCUUGUCGUUGAUGGAGAACGAAAACAUGCUUCUGGACAUGGCCAACUUCCCUCACGUGGCUGCCCUCUACCCGGCCGAUGUCAUUGCGCGUGCCAAAGAUUACAUCAGGGCGGGUGCCGACAUUGGUGCUUAUUCUGCCUCCCAGGGCGUGCCCCUGGUGCGCGAGCAAGUGGCCGGGUACCUUGAGCGUCGUGACGGCGUCCCUGCCGACCCAAGUGACAUUUUUCUGACUGCCGGCGCUUCGGAAGGCAUUAGCAAUCUUCUCGGUGCCAUCAUCGCCAAUCCCUCUGUGGGAAUUAUGAUUCCGAUUCCACAAUAUCCACUGUACAGCGCCACCAUUACUCUUUGCAACGGCAAGCCCGUCAAGUACUAUCUGGAUGAGGAGGCUGGCUGGACUCUCAAUGCCGAUGAGCUCAAGCGUCAGCUGGACGAGGCUCGGGCCGCUGGCACCGAUGUGCGCGCGCUCUGUGUGAUUAACCCUGGCAACCCAACCGGUCAAGUGCUCACCGAAGACGUGAUGCGCGAGGUGGUGCAAUUUUGCCGUCGUGAGCGUUUGGUGCUGCUGGCCGAUGAGGUGUACCAGGCCAACACCUAUCAAGAUCACCUUCCCUUCCAUUCCUUCAAAAAAGUCGUAGCCAGCAUGCCCGACUGCCGUGAUACCGUCGAGCUGGCUUCUUUCCAUAGCCUGAGCAAGGGCAUGAUUGGCGAGUGCGGUCGCCGUGGUGGCUUCAUGGAGUUGAUCAAUUUUGAUCCGUUGGUGCGCGAGCAGCUCUUGAAGCGGGCUUCCAUCAACCUCUGCUGCAACGUGGCCGGUCAGGUCAUGACCGGCAUGAUGUGCGAGCCGCCAGCCGUGGGUGAACCCUCCUAUGACCUCUAUCACCACGAAAUGGAGAGCCUUUAUACUUCCCUUCGCCGUCGUGCCCUCAUUUUGGCCGAUGCCUUCAACGACAUGGACGGCAUUGAGUGCGGCCAACCUCAGGGUGCCAUGUACUUGUUUCCGCGCAUUUAUUUGUCCGACAAGGCCAUUGCCGCGGCUCAGGAGCGCAAGCUGGCACCUGACACCUUCUACUGCCUGCAGCUGUUGGAGCGCACUGGUUUCUGUGUGGUUCCUGGUAGUGGCUUCGACCAAUAUCCAGGUACCUUUCACUUCCGCUGCACCUUCUUGCCUCAGGAGGAGAAGAUUGCCAGCUUGGUUCACAGCAUCCAGGAGUUCCAGCGCGACUGGGUUGAGGAGUACGGGCUUCCCUCGAUGGCUUGAGGCGGGCAUAGUUGCUUGCCACCUUAGAUUAACUGCCUCGCUGAACGGCUGCCCCUUGCCUUUUUCUCGUGAUUGUGCUUCGUCUGUCUUUUAUGGUCCCGCGGUAUCAGCGGGUUUGUGCAUGUUUUCCGGUUCACUCUGGUAAAAAUUCAAUUUUUUCACUCU